AUGCUUCUUUUUCAGAGCAGUGCAAGGACGGAAAAAUACUUCUCACUAUUACGAGCACUCUUAAUGAACGCGGAAGUCAAAAGAAAAAGGAGCUCCUCUGCACUCCCGUCAAUUCAAAGGGUCGGAGUGAAAGAUGACCGACAAAGAUCACGUCUGAACAGUUUUUCUUCUGAUAUCGUUCCACAAAUAGUUCCGUUAGGAAAUGGUUCCCAGGAAUUAAGCACUUCGCGGCCAGCCUUGGCUAAUCUUCCGAGCCUCUCUAAUGUUGGGUUUCAAUCAAUAUUUCAGAAUUCAAGCCUGCGAAGAAGUCAGCAAAGCGUUAAUUCAGAAGAUUUGAAUGAUAGGCUACAGACGAUUAGUCCCGUCUCUUCCAGUCGAAGUAAUACCAUUACGAGCUAUAAUUCUCAUAAAACCGACUCAAAUGUCUCUGCAGAUAGCUCUAGGAAAAGAUCAAGCUCUAAAUCAACACGCCCAACGCUUAAAACGACGAAUGACAAAUCUGAGCGCAGCUCUCGCCUGUUUAAAAGCUUGAGUAACAAAAGUUCCACAAGCUUGAGCUCAUCGCUUCUUAAUUCGACUGCUCACAGUUCAAAAAGCUCCUUUAGUAAAGCCGCAAGAAAGCUCUUUAGAAAGAAGGACCAUAGCUUAGAAUCUGAAAACGAGGCUGCAAGAGCACCUGCAAACGUCCCUACCUCUGCGUUUGGAAAGUUUCUACACCAUCAAUAUAACAAGCAUGUUGGAAAAGUAUCCUCACACUACAUGCAUUCUGCGGGAAACUUGAUGGAUUCAGGAAAAUCCGUUUACUCUUUCAAUCCUGCGUUUACGAAUAAUAGCAACGACGUCCCUUUGCAAUUAGUUCAGGAAGCAAACUUUGAUGCUACAGAUGUUCAUAUGCUACACGACUUAGUGAAAAAUUUGAAAUCUCUAGACUCAAACUAUAAGUCUUUUACUAUGGAAGAGCAAGAGGCUUUAAUUAGCAACAUAUGGGGAGUGUUUUGCAAUAUAAUACUUUCCUUAUUCAAAAAUCAAAAACUUUGGGAGCUUCCAACUAAAGUUGAGGACAUCAAUCAUGUUUUGGAAUUUUACAUCAAGUUGAAGACUGAAUCGAGAGCGUCCACAAAUAGCUCCAAAUUCAUUAGUGAAAUUGAAGAAUUUUUAACCACUUCGUUAUACAUUCUUGAAAACCAGAUUGUAUUCAACUAUAAUAACGAGAAUACAAUCAAUACGGCUCUUAAACGCUUGUGCGUUAUCUGGGAGGUCUUUUAUCAACAAAUAUAUCAUGGGGUUAUGGCUGUUUUGUUGCCUUUAGAAACCAGCUUCCAGAACAACCAUCAUUACUGGUCUGAAAUGCAUUCUUCAUUUAUCAAUGACUCAAGCGGAAAUGUACGGACAAGCACGCUAUCUGUUGAUUUUCUUUUGCUCAAGAGCUUUAGAGACUCUAUCGUAUUACCUUAUUAUCAAAGCUUCAUCAAUAGCAACGCUGGCGCCAGUAAAGGCUUUCAUAUGUAUAUCAUGAAUGAAGAAGAGGAAAAAGGGGUAACGCAACAGGAUAAAUUAGUUCUCUUACAGUGUUUCGGUAUUCUCUCCUCUAUCCAAAGUAAUGAUAUAAAUCAAACUCUCAUAGACGAUUUACUAGUGGGGAUUAGAAUGAGUAUCUGA